UUUUCCGAGGAAGAGAGGGAGGAGCCUGGUGGGGAGAGGAAACUACAAAUCGGGACACUAGUUCUUUACGCUGCAUUUCCUCCCCUCCCUUUGGCUGCUCGGAAAGGAGAGAGAGAAAAUACGCUUGGCUGGGAGAUGCAGUCCGCCACCGCCGCUGCCUCAGCCAGCAAUGCAAGAUUAGAUCUCUAAAUGCAGCAAAACACUGCCUGAAAACCGACCAGCCCGCGCAGCAAGCAGACAUUUCACGGUGCGCCGGGGGAGCUUCAAAAUAUAUCUGUGACUCUCUCUUCGUUGCUCCUCAACCCCAUCAACUUCAUCACGGGAGACGAGUAACAAGUAAGGAUUUCUCUUUCCGAUCUGCCUGGAGACACACCUCCCCGCACCCUCCCCCACCCGAUGUGAAGAGUAUUCCGGAGGCUACGGGCGGGAGUAGAUUUGCAGAGCCCUAGUGGGAGCGAGGAAAACCUACCGAUUCUUUAGCUCAUUAUCAUCCCUCCCAGACGUGAUUUCCUUCUUAUCGCCGUCCUCAUCGCUCAAGUUUGAGCCUCCCGUAGUCCGGGCGAGAGAGACAGAACCCCGGGUUCGCCCGCAGCCGCCAAGGAGCCGCCGCCUUGCUCUGAUCCCCUGCAGCUCCGUUGCGCCGCUGCUUCUCGCCUAGUGCGGAUGCUGUAGAUCAACAGGUUCGGGGAACUUGAGCAGAAUAAGGAGAGACCGCCCGGUGCCGCAGCCCCGGUGCGGGGGAAGAAAGGACUCACAGACUUGUGGCUCGCGCUUCUCUCACACGCUGCGCCCGGGCCCCAGGCUGGCUCGCACCCACCCGCUCAUCCCUCCAGUCCGGCUGCUCCUGCCCCCACCCCACCGGUCUGGGAUGUACCUUUCCAUCUGUUGCUGCUUCCUUCUAUGGGCCCCUGCCCUGACGCUCAAAAACCUCAACUACUCGGUGCCGGAGGAGCAAGGGACCGGCACGGUGAUCGGCAACAUCGGCAAGGAUGUUCGACUGCAGCCCGGGCUUCCGCCGGCUGAACGCGGCGGCGGCGGCGGCGGCGGCGGCGGCGGGCGCAGCAAGUCGGGUAGCUACCGGGUGCUGGAGAACUCGGCGCCGCUCCUGCUGGACGUGGACCCCGACAGCGGGCUCAUCUACACCAGGCAGCGCAUCGACCGCGAGUCCUUGUGCCGCCACAACGCCAAGUGCCAGCUGUCCCUCGAGGUAUUCGCCAACGACAAGGAGAUCUGCAUGAUCAAGGUAGAGAUCCAGGACAUCAACGAUAAUGCGCCUUCCUUCCCCUCCGACCAGAUCGAAAUGGACAUCUCAGAAAACGCGGCCCCCGGCACCCGCUUUCCCCUCACCAGCGCACAUGACCCCGACGCGGGCGAGAACGGGCUCCGCACCUAUCUGCUCACGCGCGACGACCACGGCCUCUUUGCACUGGACGUCAAGUCCCGCGGCGACGGCACCAAGUUCCCAGAGCUGGUCAUCCAGAAGGCGCUGGACCGUGAGCAGCAGAACCACCACACGCUCGUGCUGACUGCCCUGGAUGGCGGCGAGCCGCCGCGCUCCGCCACAGUGCAGAUCAACGUGAAGGUGAUCGACUCCAACGACAACAGCCCGGUCUUCGAGGCGCCCUCCUACCUGGUGGAACUGCCCGAGAACGCCCCGCUGGGCACCGUGGUCAUCGAUCUGAACGCCACCGAUGCUGAUGAGGGGCCCAACGGCGAAGUGCUCUACUCCUUCAGUAGCUACGUGCCCGACCGCGUGCGGGAGCUCUUCUCCAUCGACCCCAAGACAGGCCUGAUCCGUGUUAAGGGCAACCUGGACUAUGAGGAGAAUGGGAUGCUGGAGAUCGAUGUGCAGGCCCGAGACCUCGGGCCUAACCCUAUCCCGGCCCACUGCAAGGUCACAGUCAAGCUUAUUGACCGCAACGACAACGCGCCGUCUAUCGGUUUCGUCUCCGUGCGCCAGGGGGCGCUGAGCGAGGCCGCCCCUCCCGGCACCGUCAUAGCCCUGGUGCGGGUCACUGACCGAGACUCGGGCAAGAACGGGCAGCUGCAGUGUCGGGUCCUAGGCGGAGGAGGGACUGGCGGCGGCGGCGGCCUGGGUGGGCCCGGGGGUUCCGUCCCCUUCAAGCUUGAGGAGAACUACGACAACUUCUACACUGUGGUUACUGACCGCCCGCUGGACCGCGAGACACAGGACGAGUACAAUGUGACAAUCGUGGCGCGGGAUGGGGGCUCGCCUCCACUCAACUCCACCAAGUCGUUCGCGGUCAAGAUUCUGGACGAGAAUGACAACCCACCUCGUUUCACCAAGGGACUCUACGUGCUGCAGGUGCAUGAGAACAACAUCCCAGGAGAGUACCUGGGCUCCGUUCUCGCCCAGGAUCCCGACCUGGGUCAAAACGGCACAGUAUCCUACUCCAUUCUGCCCUCGCACAUCGGCGACGUGUCCAUCUAUACCUAUGUGUCUGUGAACCCCACCAACGGAGCCAUAUAUGCCCUGCGCUCCUUUAACUACGAGCAGACCAAGGCCUUUGAGUUCAAAGUGCUUGCUAAGGACUCGGGCGCGCCCGCGCACCUGGAGAGCAACGCCACUGUGAGGGUGACAGUGCUAGACGUGAAUGACAACGCGCCGGUGAUCGUCCUGCCUACACUACAAAACGACACCGCUGAGCUGCAGGUGCCGCGCAACGCUGGCCUAGGGUACCUGGUAAGCACCGUGCGCGCCCUAGACAGCGACUUCGGCGAGAGCGGGCGUCUCACCUACGAGAUUGUGGACGGCAACGACGAACACCUGUUUGAGAUCGAUCCGUCCAGCGGCGAGAUCCGCACGCUGCACCCCUUCUGGGAGGACGUGACGCCCGUGGUGGAGCUGGUGGUGAAGGUGACCGACCACGGCAAGCCCACCCUGUCCGCGGUGGCCAAGCUCAUCAUCCGCUCGGUGAGCGGCUCCCUGCCUGAGGGGGUACCCCGGGUGAAUGGCGAGCAGCACCACUGGGACAUGUCGCUGCCGCUCAUCGUGACUCUGAGCACUAUCUCUAUCAUCCUCCUAGCGGCCAUGAUCACUAUCGCCGUCAAGUGCAAGCGCGAGAACAAGGAGAUCCGCACUUACAACUGCCGCAUCGCAGAGUACAGCCACCCGCAGCUGGGCGGGGGCAAGGGCAAGAAGAAGAAGAUCAACAAAAAUGAUAUCAUGCUGGUGCAGAGCGAAGUGGAGGAGAGGAACGCCAUGAACGUCAUGAACGUGGUGAGCAGCCCCUCCCUGGCCACCUCCCCCAUGUAUUUCGACUACCAGACCCGCCUCCCCCUCAGCUCGCCCCGGUCGGAGGUGAUGUACCUCAAACCAGCUUCCAACAACUUGACUGUCCCCCAGGGGCACUCGGGCUGCCACACCAGCUUCACCGGACAAGGGACUAAUGCAAGCGAGACCCCCGCCACGCGGAUGUCCAUAAUUCAGACAGACAAUUUUCCCGCAGAGCCCAAUUACAUGGGCAGCAGGCAGCAGUUUGUUCAAAGUAGCUCCACGUUUAAGGACCCAGAAAGAGCCAGCCUGAGAGACAGUGGGCACGGGGACAGUGAUCAGGCUGACAGUGACCAAGACACUAACAAAGGCUCCUGCUGUGACAUGUCUGUUAGGGAGGCACUCAAGAUGAAAACUACUUCAACUAAAAGCCAACCACUUGAACAAGAACCAGAAGAGUGCAUUAAUUGCACAGAUGAAUGCCGAGUGCUUGGUCAUUCUGACAGGUGUUGGAUGCCACAGUUCCCUGCAGCCAAUCAGGCUGAAAAUGCAGAUUACCGCACAAAUCUCUUUGUACCCACAGUUGAAGCUAAUGUUGAGACUGAGACUUACGAAACUGUGAAUCCCACUGGGAAAAAGACUUUUUGUACAUUUGGAAAAGACAAGCGAGAGCACACUAUUCUCAUUGCCAAUGUUAAACCUUAUUUAAAAGCCAAACGUGCCCUGAGCCCUCUCCUCCAAGAGGUCCCCUCAGCAUCAAGCAGCCCAACUAAGGCAUGCAUUGAGCCUUGCACCUCAACAAAAGGCUCCCUGGAUGGUUGUGAAGCAAAACCAGGAUCCCUGGCUGAAGCAAGCGGGCAGUACUUGCCCACCGACAGUCAGUAUCUGUCGCCCAGUAAGCAACCGAGAGACCCUCCCUUCAUGGCUUCCGAUCAGAUGGCAAGGGUCUUCGCGGAUGUGCAUUCCAGAGCCAGCCGGGAUUCCAGCGAGAUGGGUGCAGUUCUCGAGCAGCUUGACCACCCCAACAGGGAGCUGGGCAGAGAGUCCGUGGAUGCUGAGGAAGUUGUGAGAGAAAUUGAUAAGCUUUUGCAGGACUGCCGUGGAAAUGACCCUGUGGCUGUGAGAAAGUAAAAAAAAAAAAAAAAAAAAAAGGCACUGGCAUUUUAUGUCUCCUCUGUCGAUUUAAACAUGAUCCCUCCUGGUGACAACCCGUUUUACAGGGAUGAAGAAAGACCAAUGCUGCUUUAAGGCUUUUAGUGAACAUCUGAAGUGCCCACAAGUAUGUUCUUUUCACUGCUGUUUCUUUUUCAGAGAUAACAAUGGUUUUGUUUUGACUGAACUUAUAUUAGGACAGAAUUAAUGAUGCUUAAAGAGAAAAUAAAAAGAGAAGAAAAAGGAGAGAAGAAAAAGGAGGAGGAUGAGGCAAGUUA